UUCCCAAACAAUGAAGACAAAAUGGAUCAGAUAGCCAUUUUAAUUACUGGAGCAUACCUUGGCUAGCAAGAGAGAGAAAAAGGAUGAACUCAUACAGCACAGCACUAAACAUAAAAGCAGCUCUUAGUUUUUAAAUAUGGCACAACCAUCACCAACUUCAGUUGAGUUCUUCAAAUCAAAUCUUGGGAUACAACACAAGCGAAAAUGAUCAAGGAAGGAUCCAUUUAGACCGACGAUUUCUUGGAAAUUCAAAUCAGUUUUGAUCAAGGCUUCUGCUGUGCAUGUGAUUCCGUACUGUAUGUAUUUGGAUAAGGAGAUGGAGGGAAUUGCGAUGAAGAAGAGGACGGAAAUAGCGAUAGAUUGGCGAACUUAGUCGAAGCUGCUGAAUUGGUCAAUUUGAAUGGAUGUAUAGCCGCGGGCUUAUCGUCGAACCAAACUCCGCACGACUCCACUGUCUCGCCUCUUCGCCAUUUUUACUCCCUCCAAGGCAGUGGCCAAAAAUAACGCCCAAAGCCUUGUCUGAGCAUCGAAUGAGGAGGGAGAUUUGAUUUCGCCAAAACGGCAAGCCGCUUUUGGCCGGUCCCGCAGGUCAGUUUUAAACGCUGACGUUUCAUUCAUUUAGUAUGACCGUUCUAUCCUUGUGUUAAUUAGUCCAAAUUAGGAAGAUCAUAAAUACGGCCCUGGCAAAAUAUCUGCACAAAGGGUUUUGACCCUUGCGGAUAAACCCAUAUUCAGGUCGCCCAUCCAAAACCCUACUACCAGCUUCAGCAUCCACUUCAAGGAGGUAAUUGUUUCUCUUCUUCUUCCGCCUCUUCUGAUUCUCUUGCCACUUCGUUGCAUUUUAUUAGUUGUAACAAUCUUCUUCCAAUACUCAGACCUUGAACAUGCAACCCAAAAUUUUUGUUUCUUCAUCCAGUGGCUCACCAUCUACUUCUUUACCUUUCUUUCUCUCAUGCAAAUCUAAUUUUCUUGAAAAACCCAAACUCUAUUUUAAGUCUCAUUUGUCCACCUCAACAUUCCAGCGACAAAAAUCGCAGUUCUUGGGGAAAAGUUUGGUUUUUCAAGAGAAAAAUGGUCCUUUUGGAAGUACCAUGAGGAAAACCCAUUCUCCAUUUGAACCGGUAAGAGCUGUUGUAAAGAGACGAAAAGAGCUUCCCUUUGAUAACGUGAUUCAAAGGGACAAGAAACUUAAAUUAGUAUUGAAGAUAAGGAAGAUUCUAGUCAAUCAACCUGAUAGAGUUAUGUCGCUCAGGCAAUUGGGUAGGUACAGAAGAGAAUUGGGUCUUCAGAAACAGCGUCGAUUUAUUGCUUUGUUGAAAAAAUUCCCUGCUGUAUUUGAAAUUGUGGAAGAAGGGGCCUUUUUGUUGCAAUUCAAACUGACGCCUGAGGCGGAAAGACUCUACCUGGAGGAGUUGAAGCUCAGAAAUGAGAUGGAGGAUUUGCUGGUUGUUAAGUUGAGGAAAUUGUUGAUGAUGUCAUUGGAGAAACGUAUCCUGUUGGAAAAAGUAGCCCAUUUAAGGACUGAUCUUGGAUUACCUGCAGAAUUUCGUGACACGAUCUGUCAUAGAUACCCUCAAUAUUUUAGAGUUGUUGCAACUGAGAGGGGCCCUGCACUAGAAUUAACUCAUUGGGAUCCUGAGCUUGCAGUAUCAGCUGCUGAAUUAUCAGAAGAGGAAAAUAGGGCUAGAGAGCUAGAAGAGAAAAAUCUAAUCAUUGAUAGACCACCAAAAUUCAAUCGGGUGAAGCUGCCCAAGGGUCUACAGCUUUCUAAGGGUGAAAUGAGAAGAAUCUGUAAGUUCAGAGACAUGCCUUAUAUAUCCCCUUAUUCUGACUUUACCCAUUUGAGAUCAGGUACACCAGAGAAGGAAAAGCAUGCCUGUGGGGUUGUUCAUGAGAUUUUGAGUCUCACCGUUGAGAAGAGAACCCUCGUGGAUCAUCUUACUCAUUUCCGGGAGGAGUUCAGAUUCUCUCAGCAGGUGAGAGGGAUGCUAAUAAGGCACCCUGAUAUGUUUUAUGUGUCCUUAAAAGGUGAUAGGGAUUCAGUUUUCCUGAGGGAAGCAUAUCACAAUUCUUAUUUGAAAGACAAAGACCGUUUGUUGCUUAUCAAAGAGAAGUUUCGUUCUCUUGUUGAUGUCCCUAGAUUUCCAAGGCGUGGUGUUCCAAAGAGGGAUGGCAAUAUUGAAAAUGAAACUGAAAAGCAAGAAGAAGCAUCUGGUGAGGAGGGUGACGAUUGGUCUGAUAUUGACAGUUAUAUGAGUGACGAUGGGCUUGAUGACAAUGAAGAUGAAGGUGAAUAUGAAGGUGAUUGGAGCGAUGAAAAUGAUACACCCCCAGGUUUUGAUGAAGAUGAGGAAAGUGUGAAGAUUCAUGUAAGCAGAUCAAUUAACCAGUUAGAUAAGUCAACAAAGAGUGAAGAGAAGCUAGUUCCUGUGUUUCCUGAUGGCCAGCCGAGGGAACGUUGGUAAAUGAGUUGAAAUUCUGGUUUAGACAUUAAAAUUUAAACGUGAUAUCCCAGUCUUGAGAUAUAGUUCCAAUAGGCUGCCAUCAUUAGUUUGGUGGUCACGGUAGGUUGAUUUCAUGGAAGAUGGGUUAAAUUUAUGGAAGAGUCAAAUUUCCUUGUCAAAUUUGUGGAAUAGUUUAGAAAGAUGGUUUGGUUUCUCCAACCUUGCAAAACCACCAGAAGAAACUUUGCAUGGACACAGAUCAUUGUAGCCUAUGUCAGUAUCUGUAAGAAAUAGUUUGUGCUUUUGAUAUAAUGAAACAUUUAUGAUCUGUCAAAUGAUUGAGCAUAAGAUAUUUUGUUGUCUGUAGCACCAAUUAAUAAACCAUUACGAUUUGAAAUUUAUGC